CAGAAAGUGAAGAAGUACCUCUAGCAAUCACCUGGAAUAGAUUCAUAAAGAUGUUUCUUGAUGAGUAUAUCCCCGACUCCAUUCGAGAUGACAAGAGAGAAGAGUUCAUGAAAUUGAAGCAGGAGUGGGGGCAGACUGUUGCUGAAUACACGGAGCAAUUUAAGAAGUUGUGCAAAUAUGCUGAUCCCGCAUACCGAACAGCGAUAGGGAUGCGAGAUCGCUAUAUUCGAGGCUUGAAAGCAGAAAUUAAGAAAUGUAUGGGAGAAGCGGAGAGGGUUUCUCAACCCAUAGCUUAUCGGGCUGCCCUUCGCAUCGAGAAGGAUGAGAAGAUGGCUCAGGAAGAGAGGACUGCUAGAUUCGACGUCCGGAAGAGGAAAGAGUCCACUUACUCGGGUAGCCAGACUCUCUCAACUCACCCUUCUAAGAGAGGACCUGGUUCUACCAUCCAUCUGCCUUCCCAUAGCAUGGCAGGCUCUAACAGGAGUGCACCCACACAGUACCCGCUCUGUAAAUUUUGUGAGAAACAUCAUUCGGGGGUGUGCAGGUUCAAGCUAGGCCUCUGCUUUGGCUGUGGUCAGCCGGGGCAUAAAAAGGCCAAUUGCCCACGAUUCACGGGACAUACUAUGGCGUUAUCUGAGCCUUCGAUUGGUGGAGGAAGGAUGCAAUCAGGCGGGAGAUUCAAUGAUAGAGCAACCACCAUCAGCAACACCCACAACAAUCAUCGCGACCAGAGUCAAAUGUCCAAAGCUAGCGGGCAACCCAGACUCUUUGCUAUGGGGAGAGAAGAAGCUAACGCAGCCCCUGAGGUUGUGACUGGAGCUGCUAGAAACCAGGAGCUUGUAGACCACCCACAGGUGCACAGUUGCUGUUCAGGAUGUCAUCAGAGGGGUUAGUGGCUAUGGAAGUUUCAUGAAGAACUUUUAAAGUUUAUGCAUUGUUCGUUAGUGGACUUGAGACGGAUGUUCGCUUUUGCUGAUUAAGAAUGUGUUUCCCUUUUGAAUUUGGAUUUGAUUGAUGUGAUAUUUCUUCCGAACUUUUCAUAUUGAACCUUUUAUGGUUAUCAAGGACAUUUCGGUAAAUUUAUGUGACCGGCCGGUCUAGGGUGU